GUGGGACUCUGAGACAGAGAACUUGCAGCAAGGAGCAUAGUUGCCGAGAUUGCAGAAAUGGCUUCGAUGACCAUGACAGCCUCACUCCUACCAACCUCGAGCUCGGCUCUUACCAAGCUUCCUUCCACAACUGCUCGCCGAGGGCUUGUUGUGGUCAGGGCUCAAAGUGAGAAGGCCAGCUUGGAAGUGAAGAAUGUUGAGAUGAAGAAGGAAGAGAGCAGUGGAAGGAGGGAGUUGUUCUUUGCAGCUGCAGCUGCUGCUGCCUGUUCCAUUGCCAAAGUUGCCAUGGCUGGUGAGGAGCCAAAGGCUGGCACCCCUGAAGCUAAGAAGAAGUACGGUCCUAUAUGUGUCACAAUGCCUACAGCUCGUAUCUGUCACAAGUGAGAAAAUCUGAAUGUCCUUAAUUUAUGUUUCAUUGAUCCGUGGUUCAUGUAAAACUUGUACGAACUUAUGUUUCUAUUGCAAAAUCCCAGUUACAUUCUGUUAAAAAUUCCAUCUAGAUUGUUAAACAGUAUACGAAAAAUUCCAACUUAAAUCACAAUAUGUAAAGCUCGAUUCUUGUAGA